GUUUCAAGAUGGCGGACGUGGCGGGCCCCUCCCGCCCGGGCGCGGCGGCGUUCUGGAGCCGGGACUUUUCUGAUGAAGACCAAUCAGUAGUAUAUGUUCCAGGAAUUUCUACAGAAGGAAAUACCAGAUCAAGACACAAGUCGAUGAGCCCAAAAACUAAUGUUAAACUUAAGACUUCCAGGGUGACUGCUGCUUCAGUCUCCGUGGAGUCGAUGAAAGGUGCCGGAGAUUCAGUAAAUGAACAGAAUUUCUGUCAGGGAGGAAUAAAGAGUGCAUCACUGAAGGAUUUAUGUCUUGAAGACAAAAGACGCAUUGCAAAUUUAAUUAAAGAACUGGCCAGAGUAAGUGAGGAAAAGGAAGUGACAGAAGAACGACUCAAAGCUGAGCAGGAAUCAUUUGAGAAGAAGAUCAGGCAGUUGGAAGAACAGAAUGAACUGAUCAUCAAAGAAAGGGAAGCUCUUCAGCUCCAGUACAGAGAAUGCCAAGAACUUCUAAGUCUUUAUCAAAAAUACCUAUCUGAACAGCAGGAGAAGCUCACCAUUUCGCUCUCAGAGCUUGGUGCUGCUAGAAUGCAGGAACAACAGGCAUCCAACAGGAAAAGCACUCUCCAGUCUUCGUCUAUGGAACUGGAUGGUUCCUACUUGAGCGUAGCCAAACCACAAACCUGCUACCAAGCCAAGCAAAGGCCUAAGUCUGCAAACCAGGACUCAGCUUCAGAAUCCCUGGUGAAGUUCAGGAAUAAUUCUUUGAAACCGGCUGCCUUUCAUUAUCCCAAAAAGGAUGUCGACAAGGUGCCAUCAGAGACUAGAACAUAUCAUUAUGGCUCCCCGGGGAAAAAACGAGUAGCUGCCAUCCCUACAGAGACAGCGCCACCAGAGGAACUGAAGAUGCGGGUAGGCCAACAGCUUACGCCUCCUCCAUCCAGUCUGUGUGGUUGUCACAAACUUUCUGAAAAUGCAGAUCAUGUUCAUGUUGUUCGCCACCCUACCGACGUGGGCCCUCCACAUUCCAAGACCCAUCCGGAAUCAUGCCGUUAUUGUGGACUUUCCUGGGCAUCUCUGAUGCGUGGCCAAGGGGCACUGCAGCCUAGUGAAACUGAUUUCAAAAAGCAGCUGUCAGAUGAUAGAAGGCAGCAACUUAUGCUUCAAAAAAUGGAGCUGGAAAUUGAAAAGGAGCGCCUUCAGCAUCUGCUGGCCCAGCAGGAGACAAAGCUUCUCCUGAAACAGCAGCAGCUUCAUCAGUCUCGACUGGAUUAUGACUGGUUAAGAACUCAAGCUAUAUUUAAGUCAAGAGAAAUGGUUGCUGAUAAAGAGUUUACUAAGCCCCGAGAGCUCAACCUGGAUAUGAAUGGGAGUGACACUGGACCAAGUUUGUUAAAGUCAAAAUGUGAUGGCUGGCUCCUCGGAACAUCGUCAUCCAUCAAAAAGUACCAAGAGUCCUCUAACAGUGGAGAGAAUAAAAGGGAGAAGAAGACAGUUGGGUUUCAGUCACAUAGAGAAGAUGAUGCCCUGUGGACAUGUCAAAAGAAAGAUACAGAUGAAUCCCAAAGAGGGACAAUGACGGGAGUUAGAAAAGAUGCGUCCACAUCUCCUAUAACAACAGGAAGCCAAAAGGAGCUUGCAAGCACAGCCACUUUGUCAUUCCAACACGACACCUCCCGGUAUGAGACGUCUCUGUUGGAUCUGGUUCAGUCUCUGAGCCCAAAAUCUGCUCCCAAACCUCAACCCUAUCCCCCCAGAGAAGCUGGGACCUGGAAUCACAGCACUUCCCGACGCAGUCCUCUCAGGUCGACCCGGAACAAGACGGGGGCAUGCAGGACCCCUGAAGACCUGGAGGAGAAUCAAAUUCUGGAAGAUAUCUUUUUCAUUUGACACCGAAGUACUUGCUGCAAAAUUUCCAUCAGAACUUUGUGGGUUUCUUUAUAUACUGAUCUAAGAUUUUAAAUUAUUUGAUUGCAAAUAAUUGUGUCUCUCCUUUCACAGGGACCUACUUAUCUCACUAGCAUCCUGUUACGUAUUGAAUAUAGAAAUCAUUCUAACAACUCAGGGAAUUUUUUGAUCAGACCACUCAAUAGAUAACACAUUAAGGGGGCUUGGGGGUGGAGGGCAGUGUCUUUUCUAUGCCAAGCAGAGAAGAGAAAAUCAACAUAAGACACUUUCUGCAUGGCAGAGGUCUUGUGUAUUCGGCUUUGUUUCAAGAGUGUUUCCUUCUCAAUGUUUUGCUAGAAAUGAUUGGCUUUCCUUUGUACACAAGGAAAACCUAUCCACUGAAAGAUUCCUCUCAUUUAAAAGUUGCCCCUUUUACCAUAAGCAAUUUCAAAAAGACAGACCCUUUUACCUCUGUACCCUCUUCUUUCACCGCCUACGUCUAUCUAAGUGUCGCCAUUUAAUUCUGAAGUUGGAGUUGGUGCCCCGAUUAUCACAAGCAACACUGAGGGCCACGUGUGAGUCCGGCUCAGCAGUCAUCAGCCUGGCAGGUGCUCAUCCCAUAAUCAGUGGACUAGAAGGAAGGACCCACCCAACCCCUGGAAACCAGCAUUAAAUCACACAAGAACAUGACUGAUGGAGGCAAACGCCUGAAAUCCUUCUCCUACCAUCUGCCAUCUGCCGAUUUCCCAGGAUAAAUAAGAAUAAUCUCUCGGUAUUUUUUCUUGGCUCAAGUGCCUAUUUUAUUCCCCCUUGUGAACUUCCCAUGGUUGUAUCUGGGGAAGAUGCCACUGGAGAGAGAGUAGCAUCAGCUGCCGCAGGCUGAUAGGCUUUCCUUGGGUUGCCCAGGCCCUGUAUAAGCUCUGGCCAGGGCUACUGUCGCAUGGCCCCAAAGAACCAACUGUACAAGACAGAUUAUGCUCCACCAUCCCAGGCAGAGUUUUCCCCCCAUUUCCCACUGGGCCUCACUUUCACCUGGAGGAAGCCUAUGGAAGGGGUACACUUGAGACCUCAUGCUUUCUCUGUUCUGUUGAGCAGAGCUCUUGAGA